AUGCCUAGAUUCGGUGUCGCGUUCAACAGGCGGAAGUCAACCGCAACCCCGGAAGAUUUACAGCAUGGCUCAGUAACACCAGAGCAAUCAUCUUUCCGAGUCAUUGAGCGAAACGACCCCUCUCUCGGCAAGUCGUUUGACGGAGGUGCGAGGAUGGCGAGGGCUUCUGGUUCUCACGCUUCCCGGCCCAGCCAGCUGGAUCUUGACGGCGAGGAUAACAUGUUUGCUGAUCUAAAGAGUGGCAACCGGGGAAGUGGGGCGUCCAAUACGACCAAGGCCACAUCGACUGAUACCUCAUCAAGGCACAGCAAUGCCUCGACUGCUCCCUCUUCGACGAACCUCGAGGGGCAGGACGAUCCCAAGCAUUAUCACAAGAAGGCGCUGCACGACUUUGGUUCUCGAAACGCCCCCAAGUCGAGCGGGUCCGGCUUUCUGAACCGAGCGGGUCGAACUUUUUCUUUUGGCGUCCAGAAAAAACACAGCGCCUCCGCCCCGAAGAACGAGAUCCCCGACGUACCGCCUGUUCCUUCGUUCCAGCACGACGACUUCAGUGGAAGAUCCAGGGGCAUGACCGAAUCUACGACCAGCACCGCCACACCGCCCAAGUUGGAAAACGGAGGGAUGGAUAUGGGUGGAGAUUUUGGCUCCAUGUUCAGCACUUUUGACAAGAGGGCCAGCGUAGCUACCUUGAAGACCGAGGGAACUGUCGCGCCUCGAUCCUUGACAGGCAAUCGCCCAGCCCAGCCCGCGCCGCUGAGCAUCAACAAGACGGCCGAUGUUGAACCUGCUCUCGAAUCUUGGAACAGCCGAACUUCGGAUGACAAUCUUCUCGGUUCCACCCCGGCUUCUCCGGAAAUCGACGUGCCGCCACCUGUGCCACGCCACCAGAGUUCAUUCAAGACCUCGAACCGCCCGUCCGAUAUUAUCGAAGAUGAGGAUGCCAGACUCUUGCAGGAUUCCAUCGCUGUAGGACGUAUGCUUUCGGAUUCCAACCCGCCCUCUGGCCGUUACCGACGAGAUGAAGACUCCUUUUCCUCAUUCACCAGGAAGCCUCUCACUUCUAGCUUCAAGAAGGGCGAUGACAACAUGUUCGAAGGAACCCUGGCGCACUCGUCACGCAUCGCUAAUCGAUACACCUCGCGAGCCCCCAGUCCCCCACGGAACAAGGUCAUGACUCCUGCUCAGUUUGAGAAGUACCGACAAGACAAGGAGAAGGACUCCAACGAGACCGCUCACCAAGCGACUGUCAAUGACGAUGAUGACGAAGAUGAGAUCAACUACGACGACGACGAAGAUGAAAUCGAAAAGUCGAAGCAGCAGGCGAAGCAGAGGAGAAAGCAGGAGGCUCACAUGGCUGUUUAUCGACAACAGAUGAUGAAGGUGACCGGCGAGCAGCCCGAGAUGCACCCGCCUGACCGCCCUGGAUUGGCCGCUUCGAUGAGCGCACCGCAGCUGCACCUUAUGAAGAAGACCCCAUCUCCAGGACCUCCCACCGGCGUUUCUGACGAAGAAGACGAUGACGAGGUCCCCUUGGCCAUUCUGCAGGCUCACGGUUUCCCUAAUAAGAACCGGCCUCCAACCCGGCUAAGCACCAUGGGUUCCAAUCCAAACCUGCGCGCAUCGGCUUCGCUGCAGCCACCGAGACCUGGUUCAGCUAUGGGCGAAAACUCGGCCCAGCGACAUUCGAUGCUUCCUGCCUUUGCACGAAACCUCCCUCAGGAUCCGUUUGUUGGUGCCAGCAUUGCGAAGCCUGCUGUGCGGGAAUCGUUGACCUUCAGUGGCGGUAUCCCUGCCUCAGCGGAGCCUCAGCAACAACAACAGGGUCCCCUCCCUCCCGGUGGUCUCGUUGGCGUGAUUGCCAACGAGGAGCGAACGAGGGCCAUGCGCCGUGGUGGUGCAGCUGCAAAUGGCGCCAAACUUAUUCCUGGUCUGAAUGCGCCACAAGGAUCCUAUGAGAAUCCCAACGGCUUGAUAAACAAUCCCAUGCUUCAGCCAAUGCCUCCACCACAGCUCACCGUGGGAGACCAGGCUCAGCUCCAGAUGACCCAGCAGAUGUCGCAAUUCAUGCAAAUGCAAAUGCAGUUCAUGCAGAUGAUGGCAACCAACAACCAGCAGCAGCAGACCGGCAUGGCUCAGUUGCAGCCACCAUAUGGCGGACUGCCCGCCACGCAGUCUAUGAACGAUCUUUCAUCACGGCACUCAAUGAUGUUCGAACCGGCUCUGGAGCCCCCUCGCCGAAUGGACGCUGGCAUGCGCACCAUGAGCAUGGUUCAGCCCAGCUCGGCCUCUUUCAUGCAGAUGCCACCCCCCGCCGGAUAUGCUGGCUCGAUUGCCGGAGGACUGCCGAUGGGCUAUACCCCAUCGAUUGCGCCGUCUGAGCGAAGCAACAUCGGUCUUCCUGGCCGCUACCGACCCGUGUCUCAGGCUGUUGAUCCCAUGAUGACCGAUCCCCAUCGCAGGACCAACACCAUGUCUGGGGCACUCGGUCGGUGGGAUGAGACCAAGACCAAGUCUACCAUCAACGUUGUCAACACUGCCAAUGAUGGCUCAGAUGACGACGACGAGGAGGGCUGGGAAGCCAUGAAGGCCAAGCGAGACAAGAAGCGAACGCUCUGGAAGAGCAAGAAGGGAUUCGGGAGUGACCUAGGCACGAUGAUCUAGAGGGGGUCAUCUCACGAGGUUUAUAAAAGAGAAGGAGGAAAGAUUGGAUUUAUACGCCCUACUUUUGCAUCUGGAGAUUCCUGGGACUAGCCCAACUCGAGCGUCAGCUGGGAACCCCAUACAAACUUUGUAUAUUCUAGAACUCUGCUUUUCGUUUGGGCGUCGUAUGGAAAGAAAUGAUGGGUACCGGCCUGUGGGAUCAGGUCGCGUGCAUGAUAGAUAAACCUUUAUGCCGGUAAUUGACUAAUUGGGAGGUC